GGUUUAUGCUGACGCGUCCCUCUUGUGCUCACAGUCCGACGUGUCAGUCCUCUUGUGUCCAGAGCUGAGCAGCGAACAGGUCGGUCGAUCCGCAGACAUGGCUCCAAAAGGCAGCAACAAGCAGCAGUCAGAGGAAGACCUUCUCCUCCAGGACUUCAGCAGAAACCUUUCAGCGAAGUCCACCGCUCUCUUUUACGGAAAUGCACUCAUCGUUUCUGCCAUCCCCAUCUGGCUGUUUUGGAGGAUUUGGCACAUGGACCUUGUCCAGUCUGCAGUUCUGUACGCUGUGAUGACUCUGGUCAGCACCUACCUGGUGGCCUUUGCCUACAAGAACGUCAAGUUUGUUCUCAAACACAAAGUUGCCCAGAAACGCGAGGAUGCUGUUUCCAAGGAGGUAACCAGGAAGUUGUCUGAGGCAGACAACCGUAAGAUGUCCCGCAAGGAGAAAGACGAGAGGAUCCUGUGGAAGAAGAAUGAGGUCGCCGACUACGAGGCCACCACCUUCUCCAUCUUCUAUAAUAACACACUCUUCCUGGUGCUCGUCAUCAUCGCCUCCUUCUUUCUGCUCAAGAACUUCAACCCCACCGUCAACUACAUUCUGUCCAUCAGUGCCUCCUCGGGACUCAUCGCUCUGCUGUCCACAGGCUCCAAGUAAAGGGGAAUACCAGCUGGAGGGGUGGGAUUGGGGAGGAAGUGGGUUAAAGAUGGGUAUACGCUAUUUUGUUUUUCACUUGUUAGGACUGGGGUUUAAGGGACUGAAAUGUCACGUUUCAACUUCAUGAAAUUCAUGAUUAAAAUGUCUGGAGGGUGUUUCUCCAGGUCUGUCUUCUGUUUUUUUUCUAACAAAUAAAACAACCAGGUAUACUUGUCCUCUGUUUUGAUCUGA